AUUAGUGGUGAAGUGUAAAAAAUUUAAUUUUGUUUGAUUUAUUUAACAUUUAAAAUUGUAUUUUGCUUCCGAAAGUCGUGUGAGUGACCGCGGAAAUGCUCAUACAUUCGCCCGACUGUACGAUCCCUUAGGUUUCAUUACCGCGAAGGCGUUACUCAAGGACACAUGGCUGGCCCGCAUCAAACGCAACGAUGGCAGCCUAGCACAACUGGACUAGGACGAACCUCUGCUAACCGAACUGCUUGAUAGAUUGCAGGGAUUCAUACAGAAUGGCUGCGCUUCAACAUCCACGACGUUGCCUCGUUACAGCUACAUGCUUUCUGCGAUGGAUCCUCACUAGCGUAUGCAGCAUGCGCAUAUAUUCGCGCAGAACUACCAGACGGAAGGAUUCAAACUCAUUUGCUAGCUGCACGCAGUCGAGUCACAUCCACGAAACCCAUCACCAUUCCACGAGUCGAACAUACGGGUGCGCUGCUGGCAGUUAAACUUGCACCAACUCCUGGACCAACUUCGCACAGCAGGACCACCUAUCACAACCUUCUAUUGGUCAGAAGCUACUAUCGUCUUGUUUUGGAUAAACGGAGAUCCCCACCGAUGGCAAACCCCUGUGUCAAACCGCGUUGGACAGAUCUUGGAGCACAGUACAUCAACUCAGUGGAGACAUGUACCCACUGCGGUGAACCCAGCGGACUGCGCAACUCGUGGCUUAACACCACAAGAGUUAGCAGUACAUCCAUUGUGGUGUUCUGGACCAUCAUAGCUACAGCAGUCGGAAAUUCAAUGGCCGUCACACGGAGUUUCUAGUCAAGAUAUCGACAUGACUAUAACCGAGGAGAAACCAUUAGUUUUGUUCCAAAAUGCUGUGCAAGUCUCGGAGGCUCCAGAAACCGUCUUCCAAAACUCUUCCUCAUACAACAGCAUUCAACAGGAGGUCUACGCGAUAGAAAAGGCAAGCAAGGCACUAUCGGGCACACACAAGCUGUGUCAAUUAUCCCCAUUUCUAGAUGACCAACAAAUCCUACAAGUCAGCGGUCGGGUCAGAAAUGCAAUGCACCUUCCAAUAUGCCAGCGACAACCAAUGAUCAUUCCCAAUCAUCAUCAUUUUACCGAUCUCGUCGUGCGUAAUGCACAUCGUCUCGCAUUCCAUGGCGGCACCGAAUUAACGCUGGCCACAAUUCGACAUAAAUUCUGCAUAGUCAACGGAAAAAAAACUGUCAAAAGCAUUCUUCGACAAUGCGUCCGAUGUUUUCGUCACCGACCGAAACCAACAGCACAAUCGAUGGCUGAUCUUCCCCUACAUAGAGUCAAUCCUCCAACUCGUGCAUUCAGCGCUACCGGAGUGGACGCGUUCGAAAUUCAAGCAUCCAGAUUGCGUGGAUACACAAACUACAAGACGUAUAUCGCAGUUUUCAUCUGUUUGGCUACAAAGGCAAUUGACAUUGAAGCGGUCACGGGCUUAACCACCGAACACUUUCUCAUGGCUCUAAAACGUUUCAUCGCCGCCGGGGCUACUGUCAACACAUGUAUAGCGACUGCGGCACAAACUUCAUUGGUGCCGACCGGGCUCUUUAAACCUGGCAAAUACAGUUGAAAUACAGUUACGCACAACUUUAACACCUGCUUUAGCGGCCCGACACGUCCAAUAGCUUUAUGACCUACGAACAACUUGCUACCGUGCUAACACAAACUGAACCCUGUUUAAAUUCCAGGCCACUAAGCGCUGAGCCGGAGGACCUAGCUGUCCUCACCCCGGCACAUUUUCUUAUUGGUGAUUCAUAGCUCCGCCGGACGUAACGACAAGAGAUGUUCCACCAAUUUCUCGAAGGACAGAAAAUGAUCCGGCAAUUUUUGAAUCGUUGGAGUUCGGAUUGGCUAUCACAUUUUCAAGCCCGUCCAAAGUGGCGACGUGAAACCGAAAAUCUACAAAUCAGCGAUUUAGUUAUUGUCAAGGAUGACCGACUGCCACGCAACGAGUGGAAGUUGGGAAGGAUAAUAGAAGUUCACGCUGGAGCUGACAGUUUAGUCAGAGUCGCCACCGUUAAAACGAUCUGUCUCUAAACUAUGUGGGCUACCGUUGCCACAGACCUCAGAAUAAUCCUAUCACCUUAUUUAUUCACAGAGCAUUCACAUGUGACAUCCUUUGGCUACCAAUACUGGUCCCUGUACUGGGGGCGGCAUUGACGGUUUUCUAUAAGAGAAACUACAGAGAGAGUGGGAGCUUCCUAACUACUAGGGCGGCGUAAGCUCGUCUCCAAUCAGCAAGGAGAGUCUUCGUUUGCGUUUCGACGAAAGCACAUCAAGCAGUUGCAGCCGGCCGCGCUUAAACCUGUCGUACUCAUUUAAAUUGUACCAUAUACGCAAUUACAUGUUAAAGUUUAAGUUGCUUCAAGUCCCAAUGAAUAAA